CUUGGCGGUGCCGUUGGCCAUGGAAGAAGCAGAAGUAGGAGUUGCAGCAACAGCCUCUUCACAGAGAAAGCCAAAGAGGAAACGAGCCGUAGCACCGCGUGAUCCUGAACUCGACCGUCUCAACUUGCUUCCAUGGAACCCCGCUCUUCCUCAACACGACAACGACGACGACGACACCUUCUCCUUGUUCAUUGGCUCCAACGAACUCGAAGGAGGUUUUCUUUCGCUCGAGGAGAUUGAUGAGGCUGAAUAUGGUUUGAAUAUUCCUCAACCUGAAGAUGACAAGAGGAAGAAGAAGAAGUCUAAAGAGGACGGAAAUGUGAAGAAAAAGCAACAAGAUGGAGUUGAUGGUGUUUGUAGUGAUGUGGCCGAAGCGCAGUUGGAUGAGAGUAUGGAAUUAAAAGAGAAGAAAAAGAAGAAGAAGAAGAAGAAAAAGAAGGAUGCUGGUGAAAACCAGAAAGUUGAGAAGUUAGAUGCAGGUUUAGAUACUGAUGUGAAGGGUGAUGAUAUUGGGGAAGAGGACAUCGAUGAAACUGAAUUUUAUGCAUGGAACGAGUUGAGGCUUCAUCCUCUCCUAAUGAAAGCAAUAAGCAAGCUUGGCUUCAAGGAACCAACACCGAUACAGAAGGCUUGUAUUCCAGCUGCUGCUCAUCAAGGGAAGGAUGUUGUCGGGGCUGCUGAGACUGGAUCUGGUAAAACCCUUGCAUUUGGUUUGCCCAUUUUGCAACGCAUUUUGGAGGAGAGAGAGAAGGCUGCAAAAAUUACUGAAGAAAGGGGUGACGAACCUGAAAAGUAUGCUCCUACAGGCCUUUUAAGGGCUCUUAUUAUUGCUCCCACUAGAGAACUUGCACUUCAGGUCACUGAUCAUCUGAAAGCUAUAGCCAAGAAUAUUAAUGUUAGGGUGACCCCUAUAGUUGGGGGAAUUUUAGCAGAAAAGCAGGAGAGACUUUUAAAAGCAAGGCCUGAGAUUGUGGUUGGCACUCCAGGGAGGUUAUGGGAACUUAUGUCAGGUGGAGAGAAACAUCUAGUUGAGUUACAUUCAUUGUCUUUCUUUGUACUUGAUGAGGCUGAUCGAAUGGUACAAAAUGGUCAUUUUAAGGAGUUGCAGUCUAUAAUUGACAUGCUUCCCAUGUCCAACAUCUCCACUGAAGAUAAAUCUCAAUAUGCACAAAAUUGUGUUACAGUUUCUAGUUACCAAAGAAAAAAAAGGCAAACUCUUGUUUUUUCUGCAACUGUUGCGCUGUCUGCUGAUUUUCGCAAGAAGCUAAAGCGUGGUUCAAUACAACAGAAGCAAUCAUCGGCAGAUGGAUUGAAUUCUAUUGAAACUCUUUCUGAGCGAGCAGGAAUGAGAUCCAAUGCUGCAAUUAUUGAUCUUACUAAUCCAUCAAUAUUAGCAGCUAAGCUUGAGGAAUCAUUUAUUGAAUGCAGGGAAGAAGAUAAAGAUGCCUAUUUGUAUUAUAUUUUGACUGUCCAUGGACAUGGCCGCACAAUAGUUUUCUGUACAUCAAUUGCAGCUUUACGGCAUAUUUCUUCCAUACUGCGCAUUCUUGGCAUCAAUGUUUGGACUCUUCAUGCCCAAAUGCAGCAGCGUGCACGUUUGAAGGCCAUUGAUCGCUUUCGUGAAAAUGAAAAUGACAUACUUGUUGCUACAGAUGUUGCUGCCAGGGGUCUUGAUAUUCCUGGUGUUAGAACUGUUGUCCACUAUCAACUUCCACAUUCAGCAGAGGUUUAUGUUCAUAGAAGUGGAAGAACAGCCAGAGCUUCUGCUGAAGGUUGUAGUAUUGCUUUAAUCUCACCAAGAGAUACGUCAAAGUUUGCUUCAUUGUGCAAGUCAUUUUCUAAGGAUACCUUUCAGCGGUUUCCUUUAGAGAACUCAUACAUGCCAGAGGUCCUAAAACGAUUGUCUCUUGCACGUCAAAUAGACAAAAUAACAAGGAAGGAUUCCCAGGAAAAGGCUGAGAAAACAUGGUUUGAUCGGAAUGCUAACUCAGUGGAACUAGUUACAGAAAAUUAUGACAGUGAGGAGGAACAAAUGAACAAAUAUAAACAAAUGAAAGCCAGCUCUAGACAAUUGAAGAAAUUGCAGGAGGAGCUCAAUGUGCUGAUUUCUCGUCCGUUACAAUCAAAAACAUUUUCGCAUCGAUAUUUAGCAGGGGCUGGUGUCACACCCCUCAUGCAGGAACAACUGCAACAAUUAGCAAGGCAAAAAUUAAGUGGUCACCAAGGUUCAGGACUGGGCAAAAAAGGAAAAUUGGUUGUGAUUGGUCAAGAUUGUGUGGAAGCACUUCAGGCACUACGAAAUGCUGGUGAAGAGGUGCGAAUGGAUGUCAAGGAUAUGAAAGGAAAACAGAGAAAUAUAGAUAAUUUGAAAAGAAAGAGAAAAGAGGAGAAGAAACGUUUGCGUGAUCAGCGUAGAAAGCAGAAGAGAAAGCUAAAACAUGAGAAUGAAUAAGAAUUGUAUACAUCAGUGAGACAUUAAGGUAAAGUUUUGCACAACCAAAAUUUUGUUAUAUGUUGCUGAAAUUUUUAAAGCAGCGUCUGUAGUUUCUCCUGCUUAGUUUUGGACCUUUGAAUUUGUGGAUGAAUGUAUCACAUACAAGAUCCUGUAUCGAGUAGUGGAUAUGAUUGAGUUUAUCGUAGGAGCCCCAUUAUCAUCUUUGAUAAUUAUCAUGUAAUAGUCAUGUUUGAAGAAUGCAGUGUUUCUAGAUUCACAUUGGCCAGAUUGCUGCAGCAGAGACUAGACUUUCUCGUGGGAUUAUUGUUUGGAAUUUUGCUCAGUCGCCUUACUUUAUAUUUAGCCAAUUUUAAAUGUUCUGAAUAACAAAUAUGGAUCAGUGAUUUGUUGGGAAGAAAGACUAGCAACGAGUUUAUUUAGCUUC